AGUUUGUAUUUUUUAAAAAUAAUUAUUUUUAUUAUAUACAGCUGGGAUAUCUUCCAAACAGUCUUUCUUAUAUCCUGGGAAACCCAGAAUCGCUCGUUAGAGAGCGAAGAUUCUGGGUUUUGUUGCCGCUAGAAGCACUGCCAAAUGGAUUCUCAUUUGGCUGAUGCUCUUUGACGUUUUUCUUCUUUGACUAUUAUCAUGAGAAGUGCUCUGUUAGUUGUAAUUCAAGAUAUUGGAAAACUGAGGUAUUCGAAAAACUGCAGAAUCUUGGUUUUGAAAGCUUAAUAUAAGGAGGUUGUUUAGUGUAAAAUGGGCUGCCUUUGCUCCAAGGCAACCUGGUCUAAUGAUUUUGUUGUUGAUUAUGAGAGAGAGAAAGAGAAGGAGAGUAGAAAGUCUUCGGUGCAGUUAGUUCCUCCAAAAGAGGAAUUUGUGGCCGAGUCAAGAAGAGGCUCUGUGCAUCGGAUAUCUAAUGAAAAUGUGGGUUCAGUUCGCGGGACCAAGGAUGGUGAGGACAGAAUUGUGGAAAGGCCUAAGAGUGGGCAUCAUAAACGGACAGGAUCAGAGUCGAUACAUGGUCGGAUAAGUAGCAAUCCAGGUGCUGCUGAAGGGGAAGCAACAGAAUGGCCCUCUUGGCUAAUUUCAGUUGCUAAAGACGCUGUACAUGGAUGGACUCCUAGAAGUGCAGACUCGUAUGAGAAGUUAAAGAAAAUUGGCCAAGGAACCUACAGCAGUGUUUACAAAGCACGUGACCUGAAGACCAACAAAAUAGUUGCAAUGAAGAAAGUGAGGUUUGUUAACAUGGAUCCAGAAAGUGUACGUUUUAUGGCUAGGGAAAUUUGUAUUUUGCGUAGACUAGAUCACCCAAAUGUUAUGAGACUUGAGGCUAUCGUCACAUCCAGAAUGUCAGAUAACUUGUAUCUUGUGUUUGAGUACAUGGAGCAUGAUCUCACUGGGCUUUUAGCAUCGCCUGAUGUCAAAUUCACUGUACCACAGAUUAAAUGUUAUAUGCAACAACUGCUUUCUGGACUCGAACACUGCCAUCGUCGCGGUGUCCUGCAUCGAGACAUCAAGGGUUCAAAUCUUCUAAUUGACAACAAAGGAGUUCUAAAGAUCGGAGACUUUGGUCUAGCUACCUUUUUUAACCCUGACAAAAAACAACUAUUAACUAGUCGAGUUGUAACUCUAUGGUAUAGGGCUCCAGAGCUUUUGCUUGGUGCUACAUCUUAUGGAGCUGCCAUUGAUAUGUGGAGUGUAGGAUGCAUUCUUGCGGAACUAUUUGUUGGGAAGCCUAUCAUGCCAGGAAGAACAGAGGUUGAGCAAAUGCAUAAAAUUUUCAAGCUUUGUGGAUCUCCUUCUGAGCAGUACUGGAAAAAAACCAAAUUACCACAUGCUACUAGUUUUAAACCUCAACAACCUUACAAGCGUCAGGUUGCAGAGACUUUUAAGGAUUUGCCCUCAUCAGCUUUGGAACUUGUCGAUGUUCUUCUUUCAGUGGAACCGGAAGCACGGAGUACUGCUUCUUCUGCUCUUAAAAGCGAGUUUUUUACGACAGCGCCUCUUCCUUGUGAUCCAUCUAGCUUACCUAAAUAUGCCCCGAGCAAAGAAUAUGAUGCAAAGCUUCGAGAGGAGAAAAAGAGGCGAAAAGUAGAGUCUGUGAAAGGACGUGGGCCUGAAUCUGUGAGGCGGGGUCACAGAGAAUUGAAGGAAAAUGAUCCAACACCGGAAUUCAUGGCACACGGACAGGUACAUUCUAACAAAUGCGCUAGUGUAGCGUACAAGCCUCAUGGUGAUGCUGGAGCUGGCUUCCCACUUGAGCCUUCUAAAGGGUUGAAGAAUACUGGGAUAAAUCAUUCAACUUCAAUGGUACAUCCGAGUGCAGCAGUCUCGUGGUCAGCUAAAGCAAAGGAUGAGACUGGUGUGACAGUUUCAGGAAGGACAAACAGCUCUAUUCACCGUGGUUCAAACUUAAGAAGGCAGCAUUCUCAUAAAAAUGAAAAGGCUUCCAGCAAUGAUAAUAUGGGCCAGAUACGAAAGAAAAGCAGAAUCCUUUGUUCUGGACCAUUAGUCCCCGCUGGGGGAAGUAUGGAAGACUUGCUAAAAGAACACGAAAAACAUAUUCAAGACGCAGUGCGUAAAGCACGUCUUGACAAAGACAAGAGCAAGAAGAAUCUGGGUGAUUAACUAGAAACGUCCAAUUUGGGCUAUAUUAUCCAGGAGAGAGUGGAAGCCGAAUUGUAAUCUGCAUCAUUGAUCCAUUCAGGUGGGCUGAUGGUAUGGUGGGAAAAAAGCUUGUGGUCAUAUAUUAAUGGCAUUGAUAUUUUGUAGGCAUGAAAUAUGCCAUUGUAUAGCUGGAGAAGAGCUGUUCUAUUCUAGUCAUAAAAUGCCAUAUUGUAAAUUCUCUCAUAAGUCAUAACAUAACUAAUUGCACUAGCGAAAUAGAUUCUGUAGUUUUUCGC